CUAUUCCUUUUUUUACCGUCUAUCUUUUUUUUUUUCUUGGAUAUGUCUGAUAUCAAACAACAAAUAGAAUCCUUUAGUUCUAAAGCUGAAGAUGUAAUGGAUAAGGUGGGUCAACCUUUGAAACCUUAUAUUCCAGCCAUUUCACGGUUCUUGAUUGUUGCCACUUUUCUUGAAGAUGCUCUUCGUAUUAUCACUCAAUGGUCUGACCAAUUAUUUUAUAUGGAACAUUCAAGAGGAUUUCCUUCAGUUAUUUCUCAUCUUUUCCUUGGUCUUAAUGUUAUUGCCAUGCUUGGAUGUUCAUCAUUGGUGAUUGCAAAGAAACAUCAAGAUAUAGCGGUAUAUGGAUUGAUGGGUGUGGUAGUAUCACAGGCACUUGGAUAUGGACUUGUAUUUGAUAUGCAAUUCUUUUUACGCAAUUUGUCUGUAAUGGGUGGGUUGAUGAUGGUGUUAUCUGACUCGAUUGCCAAGAACAAGCAAAUGUUUGCUGCCUUACCUCAAAUGACAGAAAGUAAUCGACGUACUUACUUACAAUUGGCUGGUCGAAUUCUUUUGAUCUUUUUGUUUAUUGGUUCGGCUUUCCAUGGUGAAUGGUCUGUUCUUCGUGUCUUUGUUUCUCUCUAUGGUUUGGCUGCUUGUGUCAUGGUCGCUGUGGGUUUCAAAGCUAAAUGGUCCGCCAUGUUCCUUGUCCUCUUCCUCUCCAUCUUCAAUGUCUUCAUCAAUAACUUUUGGUCUGUGUCUCAUACCCACUACAAACGUGAUUUCUUGAAAUAUGACUUUUUCCAAACUUUGUCUACCGUUGGUGGUUUCUUACUUUUGGUCAGUACUGGUCCUGGUGGUUACUCUAUGGAUGAAAAGAAGAAAGAAUUCUAGUAUCAAUAUAUAUAUCAUUAUCAUCCUGUUUUUAUUUUUAUUUUUUUGGUGAUUUUUAUUCAUAUUCCCUUUUUGGAUUGUUUUCCUAUAUUUUAUCAAUAAAAAAGAAAAAUCUGUAGUGGGAAAUUAUCAUAAGAAGAAUCUAACUUUGUUUGGACAAUGACUUUUUUAUUCAUC